UUGCAUUUCUCACUUGAAACGGCUCGUCCAUGUUCAUCAUCUACGCUGCGACGGUACACACCCACAAAACCCUAAUAAAAGCUUCAGGAGCCGCCAAGAUCAGUUUCAAUGGCGCUUCAUCUCGCCAGACCUAAGCAAAGGCUACAUUCUAAUCCAUCUCUCAUUCACCUUUUCUCAACCUCCUCCUCUUCCUCUUCGUCAUCUCCUCAAGACGGGAACGAAUCUAGCGAACAUCGCUCUCAAUCACCGUCAUCUUCGCCUCCGUCGGAUUUCAAAAUCCCUUCAUUCUUCAGUGGUAUCAAAAGCAGCCUGAAACAGAGUCAGCCUCAGGAUGGGAGGAGACAGUUCGCCAGGUUCGAUGGCAAAGCUCAAAAUCCAUCGCCGUCGCUCUCCGGUAUCCAAAUCGGCGGCCGAAUUCAGGAAAUCAGGAGGAAUCUGAACGAGUUCCGAAGCAGAGAAGCAGCUCCGCCGCCUAGGGAUUGGCAGGAUGUUUACAAACAGAAUGUGUUAUCGAAAUCUGGAGAUUCGUAUGGGAAUCGUAAAAUCGAGGGGACGUCAUUUGCAAGAGUAAAGGAGAACUUAAGGCAGAUGAGACCACAAGAAGGCAAAUGGGCCAGUUUAUCUGGGUUACAGAACACUAUGAAGAUGCAAUUCAAUACAAAUCUCCGUUCAAAUGUAAUCGGAGGAGAAGGAUUGCCACAUUCAGUCUUCGCGGAGGAAUUAGAACAAGGGAACGACGACGCUGAGGAGAUGAAAUCGGAGUUUUACAAGAGUUAUGAUCCUUACGAAUUGGGAGAGAAGCUAAGAUUGCAUAGACCAGAAGGAAAGAAAUUACAAGGUUGGUUCUCACUACAGGAGCUGAAUCAGAGGCUUGUUAAGCUUAGGGCGAUGGAAGAGGAACAUGCACAGAGAACGAGUUCAGCGCAUCCCUCAAUCGUCAAAGAGUUGAGGUCUGAGAUUCAAAAAGCCAAGGCUGCGGAAGCUCAGAAAUCUGCACCCUUUCAGAAAUUUGAUAUUUGGGGAGUCUUAGAUGGCACCCCUAAGUAUAAGCUCGAGCCUCCGAAAGAGCAGCUAGUUGAAACUUAUUUCCACCCGGAUAACAUGUCUUCUGCGGAGAAGAUGAAAAUCGAACUUGCAAAGGUCCGGGAUGAGUUCAAGAUGUCAGAAUCAGAUUGUGGUUCUGCACGUGUUCAAGUGGCACAACUGACCACUAAGAUCAAGCAUCUGUCCUCUGUUCUACAUAAAAAGGACAAGCAUUCGCGAAAGGGACUUAUAGCAAUGGUGCAGAGACGGAAGAAACUGUUGAAGUACAUGAGACGAACGGACUGGGAUUCUUACUGCCUUUCACUGUCAAAACUCGGCCUUCGUGACAACCCAGAUUACAAGUGUUAAAAUUUUGUGCAAGUGACAUCAUAGAAUUGUGAUCUCAGUACUCUCUCUUUGUUCUUUUCAUUUUGGCAAAAGAGAUAAUGUGGGUUCUCUUAUCAAAUCAUAUUGGGGAGGAAAGUUGUUCUAUUAGAGUUUAUUGUUGCAGGCUGUUUUGGCGAGUAGAGAACAAAAAAAGUUGUGGGAUAUUACUUUUUUUGACAUUGUCUUUAUACUUGGAAUGUGAUAAUAAUAAACUUACUUCUCGAA